UAAACUUUAUUCCAUCCACUUAUGUAUCCAUUCAAGCCCCCUGCAAACCACAGUCCACACUCCACAGUGAGUUCAACGUCUGAUCCACCUGAAGGAAUCCAGUAAACAGAAAGAUCCUGCUACUGCCUGAAGACUGAGAUUCGUUGUGUCAUGUGGCAAAUGAUUUGCUAAGCAGUUAUUCCAGAGUCUUAGUUAAGUACCUUUUGCAGACUGAAUUAAUCCAGCUUAAAGUUGGUCAACAAACUCCACAGAUUAAUCCCCUACAUUCCCUUGCCUGCAGAGUGUUCAGCACAAUACAGUUAUACUCCCUAAGCCAUAAGAAAUCCAGUGCCUCCCCUCCACCACAUGUCAUGCUAUCUUCAGCAUGUUACCCACAUGCACCUGCUUGCAAUAUCUGAGACCUGAGCCACCAAGGAUCCCAAGUCCAAUGCAUGGGAGAAACAUACAGUUAGGAGGGAAGGGUGCAAGAUUCGACAAUGCAGCAAUUCUCAUACCUCAAAGCCAUUGGCCUGUGCCUGCCUCCUCCUCCCAAUAGUGAGUUUUUCGAUCUCUUUUUUUUUUUUUAAUCUUGAGAGAUGCCCCAUGGUGAGAGUUGGGAGUAGAAAAACAGGAGCAUGAUGUACUGCAGAGAAAUCAAGAUUGGUCCAUGAAAGAUAGAGCAUUUAUUCCAAGCAGGCAGAGAAGGUUCCUCCAGUUUUUAAACACCCCAUGAGGGCUUCCUCCACUCACUUUCAUGUACAGCUCACUUUCUUGGCCUCCUUCCUUUCCAGCUCGGUUUGCUAACUCAUGGUCUCCUCCUCCUACUCAUCAUCAUCGUCUUCUUCUUCUUGCCCAACUCCAUAUCUCUGCAUGGCUCCAUGCCUCUCCAUGGCGCCUAUGUAUAGCCUCUCCUAGUCCUAUCUCUCGUCUCAUCAUCGUACACAAACAGUAGUACAUGAUGCAGGACCUGUUCUCGGUGCCGUCCUGCUUCUCCUCCGGCGAGAAGCUGCCGGACAUCCCGAGCUCCGGCACGGCGGCGGCGGCCGCGGCGGCCAGGCAGAGCGCGGUGACGCUGGUCUACCGGGCGGAGAUCUCCGGCCACCGCCGGCUUGUCACCGUGACGUGGUGCAGGAACCUGCUCACGCACGGCCUGUCGGUGUCGAUCGAAGGGUCGGCGGGCAACGGCAAGGACAAGAUCGGCAGGGAGUACGGCGAGGCCGCCGUCGCCGCCACGGCGGCGGACGGCGGUGGCGGCGGCGGCGGCGGCAAGAGCUGCAGCGCGUGCAAGGUGGAGAUGCAGCCGUGGCACUUCUGGCGGAAGUACGGGGCGAAGCAGUUCCAGGUGGACGGCAACGCCAUCGACGUGGUGUGGGACCUGAGGAGCGCGAGGUUCUCCGAUGAGCCGGAGCCGCUGUCCGACUACUACGUCGCGGUGGUCGCCGGCGAGGAGGUCGUCCUCCUCCUCGGCAACCUCAAGAAGGACGCGUUCCGGCGGACGGGGUCACGGCCGUCGCUGCAGGACGCGGUGCUGGUGUGCAAGAAGGAGCACGUCUUCAGCAAGAAGAGGUUCGUGACCAAGGCCAGGUUCAGCGACAGGGGGAAGCUGCACGACAUCAGCAUCGAGUGCAGCAGCAGCAACCUCACCGGCGGCACGGACGUCGACAUGGCGAUCAAGAUCGACGGCUGCGUCAGCGUCCUCGUCAGGCACCUCCAGUGGAAGUUCAGAGGCAACGAGUGCAUCUCCAUCAACAAGCUCAAGGUGCAGGUGUACUGGGACGCCCAUGACUGGCUCUUCGGCACAGGGAUGAGGCAUGCCUUGUUCAUCUUCAAGCCCGAGCCGCCGUCGCCGUCGCCGCCGGGAGCGAGCUCUGAAUUCAGCACCGAUGAAUAUUCAGAUUUCUGCCUGUUUCUGUACGCAUGGAAGGUUGAAUGAGCCUACACACUUUGUUACUGCGAUACGGGCGGACGUUUUUUUUUUUUUAACCAUGCUAUGAACUGGUAAUUCAGAUCAUGUAAUGGAUUGGAAGAUAGAAGAAGAAGAAGAGGGAAGAAAUUAUUGAUGCCAUUUUGUAUUUCCUCUCCCAUGGAGAGGGUGUUGGGCACAUGGAAGAUUGCAUUAGAGGGGCACGCACAGGAUAGUCCUGGGAGUAGGAACAGGCUGGUCCUGAUAGAGAAACAUAGGGGGUGGUGACAGGUAGGAUUCACAAUGGCACUGCCUUUCCCAAUCAUGCAUUCAUGCUUAUUUAUCCAGAGAAACUCCAGCUAAUGGCUGGUGGCUGGUCCCUCCUAUCUAGUACUAUGCUCUGCUCCUCCUCUCUCAUUUUUCUAUUACUCAUUUACUUUGACCCUAGUUUCUUCUCCUAUCCUCAAGUAAAGGAAGAGUAGAUUGGGGUGCAAACCCCUGAUAGUACAACACUUGUAUAAUUCAGAUGUACUUUUGUUAAAGGCAACUAGUCAAGGAGUGCAUACUUUUCA